AUGGCCAAUCCCCAUAGCUCCUACAGGGAUCUGGCCAAGAACUAUGAGAGGCAACUAGAUACCCUAAUAGCACAGGGAAUCUUCAAGCCAGUUUUUCUAUAUCAUGUUGUCAUCCUCCACAUUUUACCUUUGAUAGGUCUGGCCAUUCCACGCAGCAAGGGAGGACGAUAUGUUCGAAAAGGCAUUUUCGUCCUCUGUAUUGCAAUUGCAAUUGAAAUUCUACAAAACAGACGGGCAAUCAUUGGAGGAAAUGGUUACAUGCUUGGCCUGAUAACCGCUUGGUGGCUAGUAUGGAAUGCCACCUUGUUUGUGUUUACAGAUCUUGAACACGAUUUCAAGCGCAUUGAACGGAAACCUGUCAAUAUCCAGUCUCAAAAUGACGCCAGGAUUGAACAUAGUACUGUCAAAAAGUCGCUUGACUCGAACAGUCCAACAUGCACGGAACAGGAAAGCGACCUUUUUGUUUGGCGGCCAUAUCCCGAAAAGUUUUGGCAUCGCCUUGAAUGGUCCGCUGGACUACUCUUCAACCUGAGAGGGCCAGAAUGGAACUGGCGGGCUUCCCAUCUGGGUCCUCUUCCACGACCAAUUCAUGACCAAUUGCAUUCAGGAUUCAUGGGCAAAAUCAACGCACAUGAACCCUCCACGUAUCCCAGCGGCAAACACCGGCUGCAGGCUGCUUUUCGGAAGUUCUUCAUAUCUUACCUUGUACUAGACAUCUUGAAAGUCAUCAUCCUGAUGCCAGAUCCCUACUUUCGAGGCCUCGCUCCAGCCGAUUCACCGUCACCAUUUCCUUUCUUCUACUUCACAAAUCUCACAUUGCAUCCUGUCAUAGCCCAGCUCUGUCAUCGUUUAUACAGCGCCAUAAGUGUGUAUUUUGCCAUCGAGUUCGUGACAGCACUGAAUCCGAUGUUCUUCCUGGGGCUAUCUAUCGCAUUCCCCAACGGGGCUAAGAAGCUGACUGCCGCACCAUUGAAUGCUCCAUGGCUGUAUGGUGAUUCAUUCGGGCCGUUCUUCAUCCCAGUCCUUGAUGAAGGAUUGGCGGGCUGCUGGGGUCGUUGGUGGCACCAAAUCUUCCGGUACGGAUUUGUAGCUUCAGCACGCUGGAUCCUAUCCGUACUUCCGGCCGGCUUAGCUUCCCAUCUGCAAGUCCGUCGUGUUACUUACGUGGUGGUUGCCUUCUGUCUUAGUGGCUUUGUGCAUGCCUGUGGAAGCCAUACCCAGAUUGCAGAUACAUCCCCCGUAUUCGGGACAUUCUUAUUUUUCGCUUUGCAGGGUGUUGCAAUCAUGGCAGAGCAGUUUUUCAAGACAUCGAUCCUCCCGAAAUCACCCUUUGCUGGUGCGCCUAGAUGGCUGAGACGAACGGCAAAUUUUGUGCUUGUAUUCUUUUGGUUGAUGGCCUCAGGUGGCCUCGUCGCAGAUGACUUUGCGAAGGGUGGGUUAUGGUUGAUGGAGCCACUUCCAAUUAGUCCACUUCGUGCAUUGGGGUUUGGACUGCAGGGCCAAGGUUGGUGGUGCUGGACUGAGCCCUGGUUCCGGUACUGGAGUGAUGGUACAUACUGGGGGAGUGGCAUACGGGUGUUAUAG